AUGUCUAUUAAUCAAAUCCAAUCAACUGAAGAAUUAACUUCUGCUUUAAAAGCUGCUUCUUUGCUCAAGGAAUCCAAGGCUAAUGGUGAUUCUAAACCAACUGACCAAUAUGAAUUAACUAAAUUCUCUUUAUCUUCUCAUAAAGAAUUUCUUAACAAGCAUAAGGUUCAUCGUCACCAAAUUAAAGAAGCCGAAUCACAAGAGCCUUUAUUGAUGGAAAAUAAGCGUCGUUUUGUUUUGUUUCCAAUCAAGUACCAUGAAAUUUGGCAAAUGUAUAAAAAAGCUGAGGCUUCGUUCUGGACUGCUGAAGAAAUUGAUUUGGGUAAAGAUUUGCAUGACUGGAACAAUAGAUUGAAUUCAAAUGAAAAAUUUUUCAUUUCAAGAGUCUUAGCAUUUUUCGCUGCUUCUGAUGGUAUUGUUAAUGAAAAUUUGGUUGAAAAUUUUUCUGCUGAAGUUCAAAUCCCCGAAGCAAAAUGUUUCUAUGGUUUCCAAAUCAUGAUGGAAAAUAUUCAUUCCGAAACCUAUUCAUUAUUAAUCGACACCUAUAUCAAGGAUCCAAAAGAAUCUGAAUAUUUAUUCAAUGCCAUCGAAACUAUUCCAUGUAUCAAACAAAAAGCUGGAUGGGCUCUUAGAUGGAUAAAUGAUGACACUGCCUUGUAUGCUGAAAGAUUGGUUGCCUUUGCAGCUGUUGAGGGUAUUUUCUUUUCAGGUUCUUUUGCUUCAAUCUUUUGGUUAAAAAAAAGAGGUUUAAUGCCUGGCUUAACCUUCUCAAAUGAAUUGAUUUGCAGAGACGAAGGUCUUCAUACUGAUUUUGCCUGUCUUUUAUUCUCUCAUUUGGUCAAUAAACCUGACCCAACAAUUGUUGAAAAGAUUAUUACUGAAGCAGUUGAGAUUGAAAAAGAAUAUUUCACUGAUGCUUUACCUGCCUCCUUAUUAGGUAUGAACUGUAAAUUAAUGUGUCAAUAUGUUGAAUUUGUUGCUGAUAGAUUGUUAGUUGCUCUCGGUAAUAAAAAAUUCUAUAAUGCAACUAAUCCAUUUGAUUUUAUGGAAAAUAUUUCUCUUGCCGGUAAAACCAAUUUCUUUGAAAAGAGAGUCUCUGAUUAUCAAAAAGCUGGCGUUAUGGCUUCAACUAAUAAUCAACCCUCAAAUCAAGAUCUCUUUAACUUUGAUGAGGACUUUUAG